GGGAAGAAAGAUGAACGAAACUCUAAGAGAUAAGAUAUUCAAAGAAAUAAUUUUAACCGAGAAAACCUAUCUCCAGCAGCUCCACACACUUGAUAAAUUCUUUGCCAAGCCAUUGCUUGAGAAAGACUUUUUUCCUAUACACGUUCACUCUGCCAUCUUCGGAGAGCUGGCCUCCCUUCAGCACAUGAACAAUGAGCUCUAUAAUGCACUAACGAGUGAAGAGGGAGAUGUGGGCAGAGCGUUUCUCCACCUCGCUCCUUUCCUAAAAGUCUACUCCUCCUAUGCUAAAAAUUACCAACAGGCAAUGAACCUCAUUCUGGACUGGGAGAGAAAAAGUGAGAAGUUCCGAACAUGGCUCAAUGGAACCGAAUCAAGGCCAGAAGUGCAAUCAAAACUGCCAUCUCUUCUGAUCACACCAGUCCAGCGGGUCCCUCGAUAUCGCUUGCUUCUGGCGGAGCUACUAAAACACACGGCAAAAGACCAUCCUCAGUAUGAUAGCAUUGCCAAAGCUGAAGAGGAGGUUGGGCAUGUCGCUGAACACAUUGACCGCAGCAUAAGCAAGUCGGAAAGUCUCCAGCGCGUACUGGUUAUCCAGCGAGCUCUGAAGAACGGGCAGCCAAACAUCAUAUCUCCAGGCAGACACCUUCUCAAGGAGGGUGUACUACAAAAGGUUUCACGGAGCGGGAAUAGUUACCAGGCAAGACUGUUUUUCCUCUUUUCGGAUGUUCUUCUUUAUACAAAGCCUCCAGCCAUUUGCCUUAGUAGCAGCUCCAACAGUAUUAGUGAAGCUCUGGACAUGGAUUACAAGCCGCGAUCUCUGGAGUAUUGUUGUUUACUGCCCCUUCGACACUGCUCAGUCACAUGCGUCUUCGGCAGUGGACAGCAGAAUCUUUUUCGGUUAAAAUGUGAGUCUGAGGACAUGCUGCUCUUCAGCAGUGAUAAGGCAGGUGAGUGGGUGGCUGCCCUCAAGGAAGCCAUCCAUCAGGCUGUGAGGAACAGGAGGACUCUGCGAAAGGAAUCCAGCUCCAGAAAGCCACUUAGAAGACCUGCCCUUCGGAAGUUAACCGUGAGAGGAGAUCCCGAACAAUUGAUUGCUCUCAAGGUUCAAAAGCCACAAGAUGAAAAUCAAAACGGUAAUGUCGCUAGAACUUCAGAUGACUCCCCCAGAACUCCCAAAGAGACUACACCCAAGAGUCAGUGGUCUCCAGGGGCAUUCUUCUCACAACUGAUGCAAGUCCAGGAUUGCCUGACACCACCCUGGCUUUCUCCAAGCAAAAGGAGGAAAGCUGCGAGAGGGAGUAGUUCGGAUGAGGAUGUCAAAGGGAAGCUCAAGUCUCCUCACUCAAAUCCCAGUGGCAUGCCCUCCAGAGAUAGCCCUGCAAAGAGUGCCAAAAGAUGCAAGUCUGUGGCACUCACUGCACUCGAAGGGAAUCAUCAUAAAAUUUCAGAAAGUCCAGCUUCCUCGCCGAGAAGGGCCUGUCCGUAUCCACCCAGGUAUCGUCCACAGUACAAACCCAGUCCUCUUGCCAGGAGAUAAUUAUAAGUUUUAUAAGUACUUACAUAUUUUUUAAUAACAGGUUGUAGUUGGCUCAACAAAUAUUAUAUUAGACUUUCAUCUUUAUUUUAGACGUCCAUUAAUGUAAGCACCAGUUAUUGUUAUUUUAAUGUUCUGUGAAAAGUGCAGAGGGUAAAGAGUGGUUGAGAUUAUUCCUAAAUUUAAGGGAAAGAUAAAGAACUUGAUUUUCCAACGACAUGGUGAUAGUAAAUGAGUUGGUAGGAUUAAAAAGAAAAAGAAAAAAAACUCGUCUUAUUAAACUCUUUUCUGUUAUCCACACGAAAUCAAACUGGCCUUAAAAAUUAGUCAAGGAAUUGUUGAAAUAUUUUGAGUUGAUAGGUUAUGGAAAU